AUGCUGUCCGCCGAUGAUGCAAAUGGCAGGGAGGCGAUGGCGUGCCAGGGUUGCGCCGGCGGCUGCCACGAGGGCGGCGUCCCAGCUUCCAGAUCUGGCGGUCUGUGUCUGGCCAUAACCCUGACAUCGACGAACCACCCAUCUUCAUCGACCACGUCGCCCGUGCCACCACAAGCAAGAGGAGCAAAACAAUGGCAACUACGCUACGAGGAAGAGCAGGAUGAUGGUGUCGAAUUCAACUGUGCUUGUGUUCAUGGGCUGGCUGCUAUCCUGUACAAUGCUAGCCAUGAGAAGGGUUGUGAUGCCUUUGCUGUUGCAGGUGUUGUAAGUCAAAAGAUUGGCCUCCCAUUCUCCCAACAUACGUUGAGGUUUGAUGAAUUAAGGAAAAGCUUGGCACAUCUGUUGUCAGAGCAGCAUCACUGCAAGGAGCUUUCCCAACAAAGUGCAAAUACCAUGUCAGAUUUCCAAGAGAUUGAACAGUAUGGAACAAAUAAAGAUGACCAACACCCUAUCCUAUCAGAGAUAUUUGAUUCACAGUUUGUUCAUUUCUUUAGUAAGCUUGAGGAUGAUAUUAGAGAAAAUAUAAUGGAUAUAAUUAGUCAGAUAAAAACUGCAACUGCAGUCCUUCCUACUGAAUCGGAGCAGAAGAAUGGGGAGGUCGAUGGAGAGUAUUUGAAGUGA